AUGGCUCGUCUGUGCUCCGGACUGCCCGGUGUGCUCAUCGUCAUACUGCUCCUCACCGGAACUCUGUGUGUCCAGGCCACCCGGAACCGGGGACACGACAAGCAGAACAAUUCAUUCCGCAAAGCGGCCACCGGCUUCUACCAGACCAUGAGCAAUGUGUUCGGGGAGGAGAACGUCAGAGCCGUGCAGAAGUUCUUCUCACGGCUGACAGAGAGGUUUGUGUAUGGAGUAGAUGUUUUGGUGGACACGUUAUGGAGAAUAUGGACAGACCUGCUUGAUGUACUGGGAAUUGAUGCUGCCAACUUUACCCACUACUUUAGCCCAACAAUGGUGGCCACUAACCCCACCAGGGCUCUAAUGCUGGUGGUGGCUGUUGUUCUGGCUUACUGGUUUGCUUCUCUGUUCCUGGGAUUCUUCUUCUACAUCCUCCAUGUGAUAUUUGGACGAUUCUUCUGGCUGGUCCGAGUUUUCCUCUUUGGACUGUCUUGCGUGUACAUCCUGCAGAAAUAUGAAGGCGAACCAGAGCAUGCCAUGCUGCCUCUGUGUUUUGUGGUGGCCAUCUAUUUCGUGACUGGACCUGUCGGCCUUUACUGGAGGAGGAACAGUAACAACAACCUGGAAGAAAAAAUUGAUCACUUGGACAACCAAAUACGGUUAUUAAAUAUCCGUCUUGGAAGGGUGAUAGAUAGUCUGGAUAGAGCCAAUGACCAAUGAUCACCACAUGUUCCUCAGCCUACACCAGCUCCGUUUAGCACAUAAAACACUCUUGUUCAGAAACAAAUU